AUGUCAUUGUAUGUAUUCAAGUCGACUCAAACAUUUGCAUUUGGACUCGUGUACUCCUGGGACAACGUCAUUGCCAACACCCGUGAUCUGAGAUUUGAGGCUUGGAAGCAGCUGGCAGAGGAAGCAGGGAAGCCUUUGCCCGACUCUCCUUCCUCACUCCGCCAGCUCUCAACGGCUUCCCCUGCCCACUGCAUCAAAUCAGUGCUUUUCUGGGCUUCAGACGAGCCCACCAUUGCGUCACUCAAAGACAGGCUCUCUGAGCUUUACUGCCGCCAGCUCUCCAAGGUGCGAGCGCCACUGGAGGGCGUGCAGGAGUGGCUGGAUGCGCUGCAGAAGGCAGGAGUGCCGUGUGCUGUGGCCACGUCCAUCGACCGCCUCACUCUGCUCUCUGCCCUCGACCGCAUGAAGCUGCUGCACCACUUCCAGGCGUUUGUGACAGCAGAGGAUGACAUGGAGUCGAUGGCUCAUCGAUUCCUCUCUGCUGCCGUCAAGCUGGACCGAGCGCCAGCCAAGUGUGUGGUGUUUGAGGAUGACCCGAGGGGAAUCACAGCAGCGCACAACUGCAGCAUGAAGGCCGUGGCUCUCAUCGGCACACACCCCGCCUAUGAGUUGAAGCAGGCGGAUCUGGCAGUGUCAAGCUACGCGGAGCUGUCAGUGAUUAAUCUACGAAGACUGUUUGCAAACAGAGGGCAUGGGAUAGAGCAUAUGGAGCUGAAGAAGCAGCGGGAGGAGCAAGGGCCAAAGAAACGGCGCUGGCACACUGACACCCUGAAGAAGCGCGCUGGCGGGAAGAGUAGCAACGGCUGUGGGGGCAGCGGCGGUGGUGGGGGUAGCACUGCGGCUGUUAGCGAAGUAACGGUAUCCGCGGAUAGUGACACAAACGGGAGCAGCGAUGUGACUAUAGAGGGGGCGAAGCUGGUCCUGGAAGAGCCGGUCCUGGCCGGCGAUGUGAGGAUAGCGGGGGAGAAGCAGGUGUGGCAGGGCGAGGACGAGGAGGACUCAUGGGAGAUGGACGCGGAAGCGGAGGUGACUAUAAUGAGGGCCGUGGAUGAAGGGACGGCGCCCAAGCCUCCCCCUCUGAGCAAGAACGACAGGGAGCGUGUGAACAACGCGCUGAAACACUUCGCCACGCGCGGGUGGGCAGCGGAUCAAGCACUAGCCAUCUACAUCCCAUCGCGCUUCUUCCCCACAGCUGCCUCCAAGUUUCGCCGCUUCGUGCUGCGCUGCUGCCGCCCAGAGCUCGCCUCUGCGCUCGCGCACAUGGGCGCGGGGAGGGACGCGGACGAGUUUCUGUUUCCGCUCUUUGCGGAGUUUUGCUUCGGGGAGUUCCCGGAGGAGAUUCGGAAUUACCGGGACUUGGUGAACUCUGCUGAUAUGACCAAGCCGCAUGUCUGUCUUGUAUGCUCUUGCCCCGAGCUCGCCUCCGCGCUCGCACACAUGGGCGCGGGCAGGGAUGCUGAUGAGUUCCUGUUUCCGCUCUUUGCGGAGUUCUUCUUUGGGGAAUACCCGGUCCUGGAGAAGAUUCGGAGCUACAGGGACCAAGCAGCACGUGUGGUAUCCCCAGGCGAGGGCUAUGCCGCGCAAGGUGGUAUACCACAUGGGCCCCACCAACAGCAUUGCCUCAUCCCUUCAUUCCUCCCCUCCCUCGCUUCUCCCAUCAGGUAUCCCCAAGCACGUGCCAUGCCACGCAAGGUGGUAUACCACAUGGGCCCCACCAACAGUGGCAAGACGCACCGAGCGCUGGUCAGGUUCAAGGAAGCUUCCUCCGGCACUUACUGUGGGCCGCUCAGGCUGCUGGCGAUGGAGGUGUUUGACCGGGUGAACGCGGACGGGGUGUAUUGCAAUCUGGUGACGGGGCAGGAGAGGAAGGAGAUGCCCUUCGCCCACCACACCGCCUGCACCAUUGAGAUGGCCAAUCUCUCCACCCCUGUCGACGUGGCAGUCAUUGACGAGAUUCAGAUGAUCAGUGACGAUUACCGCGGAUGGGCGUGGACCAGGGCCCUCCUGGGAGUGCAAGCAGCGGAGGUGCACGUGUGUGGCGACCCCUCCGUGCUGCCCCUCUUGCGAGCCAUCUGUGACGCCACUGGGGACGCCUUCGAAUGCCACCAUUACCACCGCUUUGCACCGCUCACAGUGGACCAGGUAGCUCUUUCUUCCUUUCUGUCUAGGCGCCUCAAAAGCCGUGCUCUGCUUUGGUGUGUGCGUUCCAUGUGGUCUGCUCUGAGCAGCCAUUUGAGGUGCCUCAAAAGCCGUGCUCUGCUCUGGUGCGUGCGUUCCAUGUGGUCUGCUCUGAGCAGCACACAUGCUGUGCCUUGCUCUGCUCUGCUGUUGUCUGCCCUUCCGU